AGUAAAACAAAAACCCAAACACCACCCAGCGAUGACUCAAUAGAAUUGAACAUAAUAGAAUCGAAUAGUUCCUAGUUCCGUCUCUUUCUGUUUCUAUCACUCUCUGCAAAUUGCAAUGUCCGGAAACCACCAUGUCCUCCGCCUAGUGCUCUCAUGCCACAAAAUCACAGCACAGGUGACGAGCCCUAGCAGCUCCUCAAUCAUAGCCAUGGCCUCCUCAUCCGAGCAAGAGUUUGUCGCUCGCUACCGAUCCAAUCUCAACCGCUUCCCUUACUCCCAAACCUUCUGGGAUGCCAAGGUCGCCUCUCGCGUCAGCGAGAAGCUCGCCCUUCGUCUCCAGGAUAUUGGCAUCAUCGGCAUUGAGAUCGACCUCUGCGAAGAGCUAUCCAGGCCCCUCCACCACCACAUCAGGGUGUUGCUGCUCUUCGACUUUGUCCAGGCCCGUCCACCAUGUGGCUGACGUUGCCUAGACAUCAACCUUGCAUCACAUGCCCUUCGGGCUCUCGGGUUGGCAACUCCUGCCGAGCCUUUCCCUUGGGCUCGCUCCGGCUCCAUUGCCCGCACACACUGGACCAAGUUGCUCGGGCUUUCUGGCCUUGUUUGAGAGCUAGUCCACUGGGCUAUUGCCCACGGUGGAACUGCUCUAAUAGAUUGAGAUGCAUAGGUGAGCCAUAACUCUAUUAGAGAGAUGACAUAAAAAGGCAAACUAAAAAUUUAAUAAACGUUUCUGACAAAAAAAUAAAAAUAAAAAUUAAUAAUAAUAAUAAUUUGAACAAACGCCAAGGAAAUACAAAACCUCAGCCGCCAGCUUUGCUCCAUCAUCUUCUUUAUCCAACUAAAAAAUCCACACACGGACGCAUAGGCGCUCACCUCUCUCUUUCUCUCUG